AUAGUAGCACAAGUAGUAUUCUUACUGUUUUAUGUGCUGGCAGAUGCUACACAAAGGAUUAGCUUUAGUGCCGAGUUGGUGUGCUGUUUACGAGGGGGGAGGCUUUGUGUCACAUGGGCUCCAAAUGUCGUAGCUGCGCCCCUGCAACGAUCCGUCUUCUUUUCCUCCCGGAAGUUUGGGAAAUGGCUUGUGGACGCCAUCUGCUGCAUCUGAUUAAGAUGUCUGAGCCAACGCAAGAAGAGAAAACUGUGAAAAAAGUCAUCAAUGUGCGUAACUGUCGUCACCCAAAAUUGAAAACUUCGCUCCAAGAUGGGGACCGCGGUUCUCCGUGUGACCCACACCCCGACAACGUUGACCCUCAGCCCCCACAGGAGGAGCUCCUCACCACCAUGCGAGGUCAUGCUGCAUUUGCAGACAGCGUGUACUUGCUGGCGUCAGUCAUCUUCCAGAACCACCACCGGGAGAAGCCAGCGUCCCGCCAACUGGUGAAGUACGGCAACCAGAGGGGGCUUCUUCUUCCUCACGUCAAGGAUGAAAUAAGACGUCCUGCUUAUGAAAUGGCUUUCAAUGCACUCAAAUAUCAAGAACUGCUGGAGGACAUCAUAACCGACAGUGGCUUGUUCCUCUCUCACCCAAUACCAGACGAUCAGAUGAGCCUUUUUGCUGUCAUGCUCUAUGACUUCCAGGACAGGAAGUUCCUCCCACAGAGUCACGGCACGGAGAUGUCUAUACAGGAAGUCAGAGAUGUGGAACACUAUCUCCUCAGGUGCAAAACAAAGCUGGAAGCGUCUCUGGCUCGAUACAGGAUCAAACACGAGGUCUCCUCCGUUGAGUCCAUCCUGCCUGAGAGUGUGAAGGUGAAGCAGAAGAGAUCCAGCAGGCUGCUACUUUAUGCAUGGAUCAACACACUGAGGAGCAGCCCGGAUGAGGUCAAAAGUGUGCUGAACGGUGCAGGCGUGUCCCGGGUGGCUUCGAUGGAGCAGCUGGAAGGCCAGACCUUCUGCCGGGAUCCCCACUGUGAUGAUGUUCUGGUGUUCCCUGCCUGGAUGAAAGCGACUUUGGAUUCCACUAAGAUGCUUCAUGAACACAAACUCAUCUUGCAGGAUAAGUCUUGCUGCCUGACCCCGAACGCGGUGAUCUCGCUGCUACCAGACGACGGGGACGUUCUCAUGGUGGGACGUUUCUCUGGCCUCACUGUCUCCCACACUGCCUCGCUCAUUAAGGAGAAACGUAAAACCAGCGACAAGUCCAAAGUCCUGGCUUGUGUCAGUCAUCUUACAGACGUUCAGAUUGAGGAGCUUCUCCAAGUCGUCGCAAACACGGGCUGCAAGAAUGUCAAGCUGAUCCCGGAGGUCUUCCAGUCUCUGGCCAGUGCUGACAAGCGUCUCACAAAAGUACGCCUCAUCCUGUUGACGCCCGACUGCUCCUUGUCGGCAGUCAGCAAUCCUCUUGAAUUCAUGCUGCAAGAGAACAGAGAUACCAACCUCCUGCAGGACUUGUGUCAUGGCUCCGUGGCGCAGAACAAGCUGGACGCUCUGAUAGCGCAGCAGAGGAAAGAUAUGGAUCAUGCAUUGAAGUUUCCUAAAGUAUCGGCGGUGGUUUACUCGACGUGUUCCUGGCACCCAGAAGAAAACGAGGAGUUGGUGACCAAAGCGGUGGAAGAAGCCAAGGUGACCUUGCAGUCAGGAUGGCAGCUAAAAACUCCCAGUCUGAGACGAAACCCAGACUCUAAUUCUCCUGAGCAUGCAGAGGAUCCAGAAAUAAACGACUCCUUCUUCAGACUGGAACCCUCUGAGCAGAGUAAUGGCUGCUUCCUGGCUCUUCUCAUCAGAGAGGGCGGGGAACAAAAGUGUGACAGUCAGGCACUUGGGCAAACAGAAGGAAGAGGCCACGAGGCGACAGGAAAUGAGAUGGUUAGCACCGUCGUCCGGGGUCAAUCAGAGAGCAGGAGUAAGAGCGAUGGAGGUGGGAGCUUCCAGGAGAAUAAAGUGGAUGAAAGUCUGGAGGAGGACGAGGGGCGAGUUCUGGCUGCGCCAAAGGAAAUGGAAGAUUUGCAGCGUUGGGAGUUGACGGAAAGGAAGGGAAAUUUACGGAGGGAGAAGAAAUCCUCACAGCCUGAGGCCACCCUCAAAGGGCCAACUCAAGCGGCGCCGGCCAAAGGCAAACCCGACCGCAUGAGGUCCAACCAGCCAAUCAGAAAAACGCCGCGUGGACAAACCAUGAAGUCAAGCAAAGCGACCUUCUCAUCUCGACCACCUGAGCAUCGCAUCUCCAUCAAAGCUCAGCCACAUUUAGCACCAGCAAAACCCCUCAAACUGCGAAGGAAAGUACCACAGAACUCUUCUUCUACGUCUUCUUCUUCCUCGGAUUUCAAACAAGAAAACUCCAAAUCUCACCUCACUAAUGUAAAAAAGCAUCCCAGCGUCGUCACGGCUUUAUUCAACACUACAACUUCCACUUCCUCUCCACGUCCCGCCCCCCCUCCCGUGGCCCCCAGGGCCCCUGCUGUCCAUCCCCGAAAGGUGCUGAAACCCGCCGUUAUCGUCCUGCCUCCUCUGCGUCUUCUCCCACCACCGCCGCCGCCGCCGCAUCCUGGUCUCCACACGUGGAGGACCCCGGCUACGACUUUAACGACUUUACCGUCCCCUCGUUUAGCCGGGAGCUUCUCCAAGGACGUGACGCUCAAACACAAGUUGAGGUUUUGGGUUUGAGUCUCUGCUGAAAAAACGUGUGACGAUGCAGUAGAGGUCAUCUGAGGUCAUACAAUUCAGAAUUAUAAGAAUAAUCCACCCUUGUAAUAUCGCUUUUUGUUAGAAAUUAAUUACUAAAUAAUGGCUUCUUGGUGGUAGACUAUGUUCUAUUAUUAGCCAAAACAUAUAGACAUAUAAGUGUAUGUCAUAUUCUGGUCACUAGGUGGCAGUAAUUAUCGCACACCAUAAAAGUUACAUGUAAAUAGUCAUUAAUAGGAGUGUGGUAAAGGUAAAAGUGUAA